AUAUACAUACAUAUACACACAUAUAAAAUUAUUAACAUAAACAAAUUACUAAUAUAAAUACAUUUAAAAAUAUGUUACUUUUUAGAUACAAAAGUGGCUAUAAGUCUUAUGUUACUUCCACAUUUAAUUCCGCCAAAAGGCCUGAAGAAAUAUAAAGGCAAAUGUUAUAAACCCUCAAUAGCUAACGCCAAAGAAAGCCUGAUAAAACAUGCAAACAUUCCUGGAGACAUGAUUCUAAUCAGACAAGAAGCAAGAAAACGUGCUGAAAUGUUAAAUUUGACGUUACAACCGUAUAUAGUCAUUUUAGGUUCUCUUGACGAAGUAAAAGAGACAUACAUUCAAGUGGACGACAUUUUAUAUAAAGCAAAUAGUACUUUAGAGGCAAUUGAUGUAUGCUUCAAAAUAUACCAUGUUUUUCAAGUAAGCUACCCUAUAAUGAGCGAAUACCUUUGGAUGCUAAUCCAAAAAGGUAUUUAUCACUUUACUACUAAGUGGGAUUUUAUAAUUCCUAAUAUAGAGUAUAUAUUAAGUAAAGUAACAAAGUGUUUUGAAAAAGCUAUUAACUCUAAAAGUACUAAUGUUUAAAACGUAUUUUUAAAUUUUUAUUAUUAAAAUUAGAUUUUUUGUAAAACUUUUAAUCUAUAAGUUUAAGCUAUUAUAAGUAAAAAAUUUUCUCGUUUUGUAUAAGUAUAUUUACUAGUUAUAUGGUAGUCUAAUUUUUUACAAUGAUUCUUUGUUUUUUUUGUGAACACACAUUUUCAUCGACAGAUACUUUAAUGUUACAUAUAAAACUGAGACACAAGUUGCUUAUGAAUUCUACAGUGAAAUGUAAUUUCGAAGAUUGCAUAGGUAGUUUUAACAAUAUUUAUUCAUUGCGGAAACAUGUUUUAAAUACGCAUUGUAAAAUAUUAUCUCAACAGAAUGCUUGUGUAAAGCAAAAUGAAACAUUAACAAAUAAUGGAACAUUAAAAACUAAUGUUGAAACUUUUCAAAAUAAUGUACCAAAAUGCAAUGUUAAAAAUAAUUUGCAAUUUUUUAGUACUGAAAUGUUAUUUGAUGUGAUUGAUAAUACUGACGAAAUUAAUACUGAAUUUUUCAAAAAUAUAGUAUCCGAAUAUUCUGUUCGGUUUGUAACAAAAUUGUAUGCUACUGGAAAUUUAAAUAGAAAAUGUAUUCAUGAAAUAAUAAAAAAUAUAGAAAU